CAUAUGCGAAUCACAGUUGCUGAGUCCGGCAUUCCCGAAAUCACGGGUUUGAUUUAAGAAAUUAGAAAAACGUGUCCUCUGUUCCGCUUUACCCUUUUCUACUAUUUCACUAUGGUCGACGGCAGAUAAUGAGGUCAAUGAAUAGAGCCGCCUUUCAUGUUGUCUCUCUCUUUCUCGCUCCGAGUACUGAACACACUCUCGUUUUCCAAUUUAAUUUUAAUUUUCUCUCGUUACCUUCAAUAUCUCCAUUCUAAUCGAUCACCACGAUAAUUCGCUCGCCGACCCCUCGAAUCCCAGUCAUUCAUUCUCCUGUUUGGAAUUCCUGUUCCGCUAUAUACCCACCAAUUCCAGUGGUAAAGACGUUUACGAAAGCCAAAGCCAGCCUCGGAAGGGCAAAUAAACAUUCAAUGGUGAAAAUCAUCAUUCACAUCCCUAGUCUCAGGAAAACUUUGAGAAGAUUAUCUUGUGGUCUUUUGUGCAACCGCGCUGAGGAGUCCACGCAGUCGAUCCCAAAUCAAUCUGUCUCUAUAAAUCAACACCAUGCUGGAGAUGAAAACGACUGGGAUCUACAGCCCGAACACGAUGUAACUUCAGGGAUUCAAAACGAAGACAGCCCGAAGACUCCAAAUAUUAGCGAAAGUGAUAAGCCUGUGUCGCGCCCUUCACGAUAUCGAAACAAGCGGCCCUCUCCGCUGAUAAACGAUGUCCCAGGGAUGCCGCUUCCUAACGCUUCGAACCAGGAGCCAUUCGUUCCCAAAGAGGAGGCAGCGGAGGCAGCGGAGACAGCUUCCAACAUCACGGUCGAAAUCACACCCAUUGAGCAGGAAGAUGUCACCACCAGACCAUCCUCAUGGACGCAAGAGAUGACCGAAUUCGGGCGAUCAAUCUUCAACACAAGUCCACUCCAACUCUCCCCACCCCACACAUACCUAAACAGCACCGCCUCCCAACGCCACCGCGAGAUCGACAGCGAAACCCUCUACAGCCUCGCCGAAGAAACCGAAGCCGAUGUCAUCCCUUCAUUCCACCCCUACUCCAUCAUCACUCCACCACCACACAUAUCUAGAAGCAAAACAAAAUCGCAUCGCGCACGCGAUACCGCGGGCGCAAAACCACAACUAGUGUAUCGCCUCUCUACAUAUCCACCACAUCGACAACUCCAUCCAAUGCUUCGCCGUCCCCUCCGUCAUCGCCAAAAUUGA